GGUGCUUUAAGACGGGGACACUAACUAAGGUUGUCGUUAGGAGCGUCUGAUUUUGUUUUUCCCGUCCUGGUUGGAUUGCAUCAGAGGAUACUUGUUUAAUAAAUUGUUGAAGUUUGCUGGACUUUUGUGGAUAAGGCAAGAAGGCUCGGUGUUGUGUGCGUUUCAUACUUUCUGCCUGGUGCAUUUGUUUCGCUGUCAUGCACAUGCCUGUGUCCGAAGUCCCGGCCUCCCAGAGGCUGGCACUGGAUUGUCGCACCCUUCUGGAUCAUCGUGUUGGCAAGGGGGUUUGUGGUUGUUGUGGGGCUCUCAGGCCUCGCUACAAGAGACUGGUGGACAACAUCUUCCCCGAGGACCCAGAGGAUGGAUUGGUGAAGGCCAACAUGGAGAAGCUGACAUUUUACGCCCUGUCGGCUCCAGAGAAGCUGGAUCGCAUCGGAGCAUACCUGUCUGAAAGGCUGUCAAGGGACGUAGCCCGCCACAGAUAUGGGUACGUUUGCAUAGCAAUGGAAGCCCUCGACCAGCUGCUGAUGGCCUGCCACUGCCAGAGCAUCAAUUUAUUUGUGGAGAGCUUCCUCAAGAUGGUCCGUAAGCUGCUGGAGUCCGAUAAACCCAACCUACAGAUCCUGGGAACCAACUCAUUUGUUAAGUUUGCCAACAUAGAGGAGGACACACCCUCCUAUCACCGCAGUUACGACUUCUUUGUGUCACGCUUCAGUGAGAUGUGCCACUCCGGCUACGAAGACCCUGAUGAACGCACCAAUAUCCGCAUGGCAGGCAUCAAGGGUCUGCAGGGCGUGGUGAGGAAGACCGUGAAUGACGAGCUCCAAGCCAACAUCUGGGACCCUCAGCACAUGGACAAGAUCGUCCCGUCGCUUCUGUUCAACCUGCAGAGUGGAGGGCGCACAGAGAGCAGUCGCUCCCCCUCUCCGCUGCAGGCGUCGGACAAGGAGAAAGAAAGCCCAGUGGAGCUGACAGAGCGCUGCUUCAGGGAGCUGCUGGGACGUGCCGCCUAUGGAAACAUCAAGAACGCUGUCACCCCUGUGCUAAUGCAUUUAGACAAUCAUUCUCUAUGGCAGGGAAAGACCUUCGCCGUGCGGUGCUUUAAAAUCAUCAUGUACUCCAUUCAGUCUCAGCAUUCUCACUUGGUCAUACAACAACUUCUCGGUCAUUUGGAUGCCAACAGCAAGAAUUCAGCCACCAUCCGCGCCGGGAUAGUUGAGGUUUUGCUGGAAGCGGCCGCCAUCGCAGCCAGCGGCUCCGUAGGCCCCACCGUGCUGGAGGUGUUCAACACUCUCCUGCGACAGCUCCGUCUGAGCGUGGACUACGAGUUGACCGGCUCCUACGAUGGCAGCACCAACAUCGGCACCAAGAUCAUCAAAGCUCACGAAGAGAGGCAGUUGCAGGAGGCUGUCAUCAGAACCAUUGGUUCCUUUGCCAACACUUUACCAACUUACCAGAGGUCAGAAGUCAUGCUUUUCAUCAUGGGCAAGAUCCCUGUCCCUGGUGUUCACCCCUUAAUACCUUCUACAGGUUCUGGACCUGAGAGUACUAGGAUGAUUCAGGUUAUGUUACUUAAGUCUUUGGUUCAGGUGACUGCAGGUUUCCAGACCACCAAUAUGCUGACCGCUCUUCCCAGCUCUUUCUUGGAGCCUCUGCUGUCUUUCUCCCUAACCGAGGACCCGGAGGUCCGACUGCUGGUGCUCCACAUACUUCUUAGUCUCAUUGACCGGCAUGACAACAAGCCCAAAUUCUCUAACAUCAGCAUUAUUACGGACAUCUCUGUGCUGAAACUGAAAGUUGACAAGUGUUCCAGACAGGAUAACUUGUUUAUGAAAAAGCAUGGCCAGCAGCUAUAUAGACACAUUUACCUGGGCUGCAAAGAGCAGAGCAGUGGCCGGCAGCACUACGAGAGUCUCUUUGCCUUACUGGGUCUUCUCAGCGUUGAGCUCGCCAAUGAAGAAGUCGUCGUGGACCUCAUUCGCCUGGCGCUGGCUCUCCAGGACCUGGCUCUGUCCACCGAUGAGGCACUUCCCAUUUAUAACCGUUGUGCAGUUCACGCACUUGCUGGUGCCUACCUCAACCUCAUCUGCCAGCUCACCACUGUCCCGGCUUUCUGCCAGCACAUACAUGAGGUAAUCGAGGCGAGACAGAAGGAAAGUCCAUACCUGUUGCCUGAAGAUGUCUUUAUUGAUCUGCCCAGGCUCCCAUCCUCGCUUGACAAAGUAGAAAGUGACUUAUUGUUCCUCCAGUCAAAGAUCACAGAAGUCCUCGGAGGUAGCGGGUACAACACGGAGCGACUGGUAACCCCUUAUGUCCCCCAGUACACCGAUGAGGACCGCCUGUCGAAGAGAAAGAGCAUCGGGGAGACAAUCUCACUACAGGUUGAAGUGGAGUCCCGAAACAGUCCGGAGAAAGAGGAGCGGACUCCAGCUGAGGAGAUCACUUUCGAAACGCUGAAAAACGCCAUUGUGGACAGUGUUGGCAUGGAGGAGCAGGAGCGAGAGCGGAGGAGGCUGGUGGUGGAAAAGUUCCAGAAAGCUCCCUUCGAGGAGAUUGCUGCCCACUGCGGUGCUCGGGCCACGCUGCUGCAGAGCAAGCUAAACCAAAUUUUUGAGAUCACAAUCAGACCCCCUCCGAGCCCAUCUGGAACCAUUUCAUCCGGUUACGGCCAGAACCAGACUCGAUCCGUGCCCAUCUACGAGAUGAAGUUUCCCGACCUUUGUGUGUAUUAGACUGUUUGUUUAUUCUCCUUGUCGGGGAGGGAAACGUCACAGCCAGAACUCUUAAGAACAGGACACAUUUUUUUUGUUGACCCGAGAGUGUGAUUACACCCGGCGAAGGGAGCUCUUCAUUAUGUAGAAACGUUCCUCGGACUGUCUUUUUUCCCGUCUGCACUGAUUUUUGUUAUGCUUUUUUUUUUUUGCCAAAAGUGCUUUCCUUCCCCAAAUUCUUAUUUUAUUAGUCAGAUAAAAAAAACUUACACUAAACAGUAGGUGUUCUUAUCCUUUAACAUUGUCCUUCCCAUAUAAAUGUGUAUAUACAGAGGAGAUAUAUAUAUAAAUAUUUAAUAUACAGUGGAGAGGUGUGUGUGUGUGUGUGUGUGUGUGUGUGUGUGUGUGUGUGUGUGUGUGUGUGUGUGUGUGUGUGUGUGUGUGUGUGUGUGUGUGUGUGUGUGUGUGUGUGUGUGUGUGUGUGUGUGUGUGCGCGCGCGUGUGUGUGUGGGGGGGGGUGUGUCGGUGUGUGUGUGUGUAUGCAGAUUGUAUGUUUCAAAUUUGGCCACUAUUUAGCUUGUACAUUUUCUUCAAAUGAAUAACCAGCAAUGAAUGACAUUAUCCAAAUUACAAACCCCGUUUCCGUAUGAGUUGGGAAAUUGUGUUAGAUGUAAAUAUAAACGGAAUUCAAUGAUUUGCAAAUCCUUUCCAACCCAUAUUCAGUUGAAUGCACUACAAAGACAACAUAUUUGUUGUUCAAACUCAAAGUUGUUUUUUUUUGCAAUUAAUAAUUAACUUAGAAUUUCAUGGCUGCAACAGGUGCCAAAGUAGUUGGGAAAGGGCAUGUUCACCACUGUGUUACAUCACCUUUUCUUUUAACAACACUCAAUACACGUUUGGGAACUGAGGAAACUAAUUGUUGAAGCUUUCAAAGUGGAAUUCUUUCCCAUUCUUGUUUUAUGUAGAGCUUCAGUCGUUCAACAGUCCGGGGUCUCCGCUGUCGUAUUUUACGUUUCAUAAAGCUCCACACAUUUUCGAUGGGAGACAGGUUUGGACUGCAGGCGAGCCAGGAAAGUAUACGCACUCUUUUUUUACGAAGCCACGCUGUUGUAGCACAUACUGAAUGUGGCUUGGCAUUGUCUUGCUGAAAUAAGAAGGGGCGUCCAUGAAAAAGACGGCGCUUUGAUGGCAGCAUAUGUUGUUCCAAAACCUGUAUGUACCUUUCAGCAUUAAUGGUGCCUUCACAGAUGUGUAAGUUACCCAUGCCUUGGGCACUAAUGCACCCCCAUACCAUCACAGAUGCUGGCUUUUCAACUUUGCGUCUAUAACAGUCUGGAUGGGUGGCUUCCCCUUUGGUCCGGAUGACACAAUGUCGAAUAUUUCCAAAAACAAUUUAAAAUGUGGACUCGUCAGACCACAGAACACUUUUCCACUUUGCAUCAGUCCAUCUUAGAUGAUCUCGGGCCCAGAGAAGCUGGCAGCAUUUCUGGAUGUUGUUGAUCAAUGGCUUUCGCUUUGCAUAGUAGAGCUUUAACUUGCACUUACAGAUGUAGCGACCAACUGUAUUUAGUGACAGUGGUUUUCUGAAGUGUUCCUGAGCCCAUGUGGUGAUAUCCUUUAAAGAUUGAUGUCAGGUUUUGAUAUAGUGCCGUCUGAGGGAUUGAAGGUCACGGUCAUUCAAUGUUGGUUUCCGGCCAUGCCGCUUACGUGGAGUGAUUUCUCCAGAUUCUCUGAACCUUUUGAUGAUAUUAUGGACAGUAGAUGUUGAAAUCUCUAAAUUUCUUUCAAUUGCACUUUGAGAAACGUUGUUCUUAAACUGUUUGACUAUUUGCUCACGCAGUUGUGGACAUAGGGGUGUACCUCGCCCCAUCCUUGGGAAGCUGUUUUUAUACCCAAUCAUGGCACCCACCUGUUCCCAAUUAGCCUGCGCACCUGUGGGAUGUUCCAAAUAAGUGUUUGAUGAGCAUUCCUCAACUUUAUCAGUAUUUAUUGACACCUUUCCCAACUUCUUUGUCACAUGUUGCUGGCAUCAAAUUCUAAAGUUGAUGAUUAUUUGCAAAAAAAAAAAUUGUUUUAUCAGUUAGAACAUCAAAUAUGUUGUCUUUGUAGCAUAUUCAACUGAAUAUGGGUUGAAUUGUAUUCCGUUUAUAUUUACAUCUAACACAAUUUCCCAACUCGUAUGGAAACAGGGUUUGUAUGGAUUCAUAACCAUUUAUAAUCAAGCAGGUUUGGAGACCGGUCCUUUUCUUGUGUGGUUGCCAUAGUAGCAUUCUGAGGGACUGUGCCGUACUGGCGCUGCGGACCACCCCCCCCCCCCCCCCCCCGAACGAGGGCCUGCCUGGCUCAGCAUCUACAGUAUAAGCCAUCUUGAGUACGUACAAAAACACACACUGGCAUAUUUACAGUUUGGGAUUUUUAAAGAAAGCAAUAAAUUAGCACUUCCCCAGCCAACUACUGCCGGGAACAGUGGUUGCUUGUGUUUGGAUCGGGUGUGUGUUAGUGUGUGUGUGUGUUCUCCGACGUUCAAACCACAGCCUCUUUGUUGUGAUGCUCCCAACGUCUUAUUAUUCUGUGAAUUUCACGGCGAUGCGUUUUAAAAAAAAACACUGCUGUCCUAGAUGCUUGGUCUCUACCACGUCAGCUUACGUCUUUUGACUUCAUGCUAGUUUGCAAAUGUCCUCACAUGUCAGCGUCGUGUGCGUGAAUCAAGCCCUUUGUUUUAAUACUUUGUAUGUCUUUGUUGUUAUGACCCGAGACCAAACCCAUCCGCUCAUUAAGGUCAUUCUCUAUUUUUGGAGCACAGCUCCUUGAAACUUGUGAAUCUUCUAGUGUCCCAAUAAGUGGCGGCGAUCCCAUCUUACUUUUUGUCUGGUUCUAAUUGUAGCUCAAAGAUGCUUAUUCUGUGAACUCUGCACUUUAAAAACAAAAGGAUGAUUUAGUGACAAAGGCAGCUUGUUUUUGGAUUUUGGAAUGAAAGGAAUUUGAAAAAAAAAAAAAGCCUUACCGGUGUCCUCCAUGAUAUUGCAUGCAUCGUGAUGUUACCGUCUUGUACAAUAAAGUUGCCCGUAAGUUUA